AUGAAGUGCGUAUUUGUUACUGUAGGGACCACCAGCUUUGACGACCUCAUUGCGUGUGUCUCGGCGCACGACACUCUGCAAAUCAUCAAGAGCCUGGGCUACAACCGACUUGUCCUUCAGAUAGGUAGAGGAAAGGUGGUACCUGAACCAUUCAGUACUGAGUCAUUUGCUCUGGAUGUUUACAGGUACAAGGAGUCAUUGAAAGAAGAUCUUCAGAAAGCAGAUCUUGUUAUUAGUCACGCAGGUGCAGGAAGCUGUUUGGAGACUCUGGAAAAAAGAAAGCCCCUUGUAGUGGUUGUAAACGAAAAGUUGAUGAACAAUCAUCAGUUGGAAUUGGCAAAGCAGCUACACAAAGACGGGCAUCUCUUCUACUGUACCUGCAGGGUCCCGACUUGUCCCGGGCAAGCCACCUUUGCUUCUGCUCCUGAGAAGUGCCAAGAUUCUGCAGCGCUGACUCCAACUGCCUUCUCAUCCCUAGACUUUGGGCUGCUUUCCGGAUACCUGCAUAAGCAAGCCCUUGUCACUGCUACCCAUCCUACCUGCAUCCUGCUUUUUCCUUCUUGCCACAUUUGUUCCUUUCUCCCCUUCCCCACCUCCACCCCUGGCAAAAUGCAUAAAGGAUGGAAAAAGUACAGCGGCCAGAAGUCUCUGAAUGAGGCAUCAAUGGAUGACUAUUUAGGCAGCUUAGGGCUGUUUCGAAAGCUGACUGCCAAGGAUGCCUCUUGCCUCUUUCGGGCUAUUUCGGAGCAGUUGUUUUGCAGCCAGGUCCAUCAUUUGGAAAUCAGGAAGGCUUGUGUCUCAUAUAUGAGAGAAAAUCAACAAACUUUUGAGUCUUAUGUGGAGGGAUCUUUUGAGAAAUACCUGGAACGGUUGGGAGAUCCCAAGGAAAGUGCUGGCCAGCUGGAAAUAAGAGCUCUUUCUCUAAUUUAUAAUCGGGAUUUCAUUCUUUAUCGCUAUCCCGGAAAGCCUCCAACUUAUGUCACAGAUAAUGGCUAUGAAGACAAGAUUCUACUCUGCUAUUCAAGUAAUGGCCAUUAUGAUUCAGUAUACUCGAAACAAUUUCAGUCAAGUGCAGCUGUUUGUCAGGCUGUAUUGUAUGAAAUUCUCUAUAAAGAUGUGUUUGUUGUGGACGAAGAAGAGUUGAAGACUGCAGUUGAAUUGUUUCGAAGUGGUUCCAAAAAGAACAGAAACAAUGCUCUGACUGGCAGUGAAGAUGUCCAUAUUGACUACAAGAGUUCAGCUCAGGAUAGGACUGAAGAGUUGGGUGCCUGCUGCAGUGUUGAAAAUAUCCCAGAGGGGUACAGUCAAGGAACAGAAGAAGCAAAGUCUCCAGAAAGUCCAUCAAAGAUGCUCUUCCCCUAUAAGGUGCUCAAAGCCCUGGAUCCAGAAAUCUAUCGUAAUGUAGAAUUUGAUGUUUGGUUGGACAGCAGAAAAGAACUUCAAAAAUCUGAUUACUUGGAGUAUGCUGGGAGACAUUACUAUUUGGGAGACAAGUGUCAGGUUCGCUUGGAAUCAGGUGGAAGAUACUAUAAUGCUCAUAUUCAGGAAGUUGGAAAUGAGAACAAUUCAGUAACAGUCUUCAUUGAAGAAUUGGCAGAAAAGCAUGUGGUUCCGCUGGCUAACUUAAAACCAGUUACCCAAGUCACACCUGUUCCUGCCUGGAAUGCUAUGCCCAGUCGGAAAGGAAGAGGUUACCAGAAAACUUCCGGGGGCUAUGUCCCAGAAAUGGCUGUGUCAGAGAUGGACAUGAAACAACGGAAGAAGAUGUUCAAAAAAGUUAGAGGAAAAGAGGUUUAUAUGACUAUGGCUUACAGCAGGGGAGAUGCCCUCCUCCCGCCCAGGCUUCAGCACAGUAUGCAUUAUGGGCAUGACCCUCCAAUGCACUACCCACCGACAGCUGGCAGUAUUAUGUCUAAUGAACAUUUUCAUCCUCAACAUGCAUCUCAGAGACAAGGUCGGGGAUAUGGGAUGCCCAGGGAUUCAUCUCGCUUUAUAAACAGGCAUAACAUGGAGGGCCCUAAAGUUGGUUUUUACCCUGGCCCAGGUAAAAGAUGUUGCCAGAGCUAUGAUAACUUCUCCUAUAGAUCUCGUUCCUUUAGACGUAGUCACCGCCAGAUGCAUUGUAUGAAUAAGGAGUGCCAGUAUAGCUUUGCCCCAGAGAGUGGACAGAUGCCCAGGGGCUUGGAAGAAACCAUUACCUUCUAUGAAGUUGAAGAAGGGGAUGAGACUGCUUAUCCAACUUUACCUAAUCAUGGAGGGCCCUCUACAAUGGUUCCUUCUGCUUCGAGAUAUUGUGUUGCAAGGCGAGGACAUAGGUCGGGCAAACAGACUUUGAAUUCAGAGGAGGGCAGUGGCCAGAGUGACAAUGGGAGAUAUCAUGAAGAAUAUAUUUAUCCUUCAGAACCAGACUAUGAAACGUCAGGUGUUUAUAGCACAACUGAAUCUACAGCAAACUUGUCUCUUCAGGACAGAGGACCAUGUUCUAUGUCUCCUCAGGACACAGUUACCUCAUACAACUACCCCCAGAAGAUGAUGGGAAAUUCUACAGCAGUUGCAGCUUCUUGUGCCAAUAGUGUUCCAGCUGCAGUCUUACCUAAUUGUGCAGCAGCUAAUCAAGCUAGUAGUACCACUUCAGUUUCCUCACAGAAUGCUAUACAGCCUCUAUUUGUGUCUCCACCUGUACAAGGCAGGCCAGAUACAAAAGUUUUGCAGUACUAUUUCAAUCUGGGAUUGCAGUGCUAUCACCACAACUACUGGCACUCCAUGGUCUAUGUGCCACAGAUGCAGCAGCAGCUUCAUGUAGAGAAUUAUCCAGUCUAUGCUGAGCCAUCUCCUCUGGUAGAGCAGACAGUUCCUCAGUUGUAUGGUGAGGUGGGGAGACAAGAUGGCACACAGGUGGAAGCAUCAGCAAACAGUACUUUUCCAAAUGCUGACCCUGCAUCUGUCCCUCAUGGAGCAAUCUAUUAUCCAAUGAUGUCGGAUCCCUAUGGGCCACCACCUUUGCCGGGUUUUGAUUCCUGUCUUUCUGUUGUGCCAGAUUAUCCCUAUGUUCAACCCCCCUGGCAUCCAGUUGGUGCAGCAUAUGGUGGUUCCUCUCAAAUUCAUGGUGCUAUGAAUCCUGGGCCAGUUGGCUAUAUUGCUUCACCUGCCUCAGCUUCUCAUUACAUACCUCAGAAUAUGUAAGAUUCAGCAGUAUAUGAAGUAUUCUUGCACUGCCAUUUUUUGCUGUUUUGGUUUUUAAAAAGUGUUUUAUGUUAAAGUGAUUUAGGUGGUUAGGGUGGUUACUAUUGUAUCUGUCUUUAAGAUUAUUUUACCUUUUGAUUUAAAAUACUUUAAAUAAAGGAAUAUUACUUUGGGCUGUGGAUAAAGAAAUUGAGAUGGAUGUACAGCUAGCUCCAUGUUGAGCAUACUGCAUUACAUUCAGCUGUUUUCCUGUCAGCCAGCUUGUCAACUUUGUAUUAGCUGAUGGUUCCAGUUGAUAAGAGGAAUAAAUCAUACAAACUACUUCCUUGGUUCAGAUGUCACACAUCAUAUUAAACCGUGCAAAAUUGGAAUAACUUUCACUUUUUUCUAGGAAAUAAAAAAACCAAGAACAAUUGCUUCUGGAUAAUUAAAUAUUAAAUGAGAGAGCUUUUCAGGUUUCUUAAUUGUCUGAACUGAGUUAUGUUCUGUGAUAUUAAUCAGUUUUGAAGGCACAUGGUGCUCUGCUUUAGAUUUAUCCCAUAUGCUAUUAUUUGAUAUUGGAUUUAUGUAACUGUUUUACUGCACAGUAUUGAAUUGGUGUCAUUUGCACAGUUAGCAGUAAAUAAAAAUUAGCAUUAAAAAUUGCUAA